ACUCCAGUAGGCGAAAAGUUGUUUACAUUCGUCUCUUCGCUGUGAGAUUUCCCUCAAAUCUCGCGAAAAUGAGUGAAAAAUACUUCACCACAAAGCAAAAUCGCAACAACAUUGUGAAGAUUUUCAAGUGCACGCCAAUUGUCGUGAAUUAUCAUGAGUACGAAACACAAGAGCAGCGUCAAUUCAAUGUUUGCGUGGAGAAGGCGACUUGUGUUAAUCUUUUGCAACUGAGGCUCACAAGCUUGUCCGAUGAAUCUUGGAUGGCCAUCUCAACUGUGGACAGUGGCUUCUUUGAGAAAAUAAAGACUGACCAGUCGCUGCAUGUGACGUAUCAGGAGUUUGUGGAUCAUUUAAUCAACAUCCUGGACUCUUGCCGGAAAGGUGAGCUGUGCAUCUCCCUAGAGAAGAGUGACCACAGCAGCUUUAAACUGACCAUCUUCGAGAGGAGAUCCUUCAGGAAUCUCAUUCACUUGAGUCUGCCGAUAGACAAGGCUCCUCUCGAGACUGUUCUGUAUCACAUCAACGAGAGGAAUUCCGUUCUGCAGAGGCAAUUGUCCGGCGUGAAUGAUCAAAUGAGUGUUCUUAAAGAGGAGAUCUCUCGCAAGGAUGAACUCCAGCGUCGCUUACAAGCGGAAGUGGCUCAUGUCCCGCAGAAAGUGGAAGAGGAGCGGAGAAAGAUUAAUCAGGAAAAGGCUGCGGAGAUUGAGGACUUCAAGAAGGUCAUAAUGCAGCUGCAGACGGAGAAGGUGUGUGAAGAGAAGAGGAUGCAGGACGUCAAUUUGGCGCACUUGGAGAAGCUAAAGCAGCUGAAGAGUGAGAAUUUCCACCUCAAACAGUCCGUCACGGAUCAUUCUGCUAAAGCGGACACUCUCACGAUGGAACUCUCCGAAUUGAAAGUCCAACACAGGCGUCUUGCGGAAGAGAAUGCAAAAUUGCAUGAGGCGGCCAAUGAGGUGACUUGCAAGAGCAGAAAGCAGGAGCUCGGUGUCAUGGAUCUGAAGAAGCAGCUCAAGGAUCAGCGGGAGAAGGUGAUGUGCUGCGAAAAACAGAUCUCAGAACUUAUGGCCGAGCUGGAGGCCGAGAAGAGUCUGUGUAGGACGAAAAGGAACUCCCUGCAGAUCGCCACAGAGGAGAAUAGCAAAGCUAAUUCAAUAAUCCUGAAGUUGAAGAAGAAGAAUGACACUCUGACGGAGAAAUUGAUCGCCUCGCGCGAGACUGCGGCAAAGCAGGAGCGGAUGAUUGAGGAGAAGAGCCGGGAAAUGACGAAAUAUGCGGAGAUUCUCAAGAGUAUGGAAGUGAAAAUGAAAGAAUGUGCAGAAAAUGGCAGGGAAAUCACUUCAACGAUGGAUAAUCUUCACGAUGCUGUGGAUGCCAUUGAGGAGAAGUACACACAGAAGCUCGGGGAGAUCUCCAGUCGACUCUUGGGCACGAAAUUGCCGGACAAGCGUCCCAGUGUUCUUCUCCAAAGGAACAGAAUUUAAAGUUAUGAUAUUUUUCCCAAUUAUAAACACU